AUGAGUAUUAAUAGAAUAAAUAAGGUUAUUCUUUGUUCUAAGGUAGAACUAAAAUCAAUAGAAAAAAUUGAUUUUUACGCGACCACCUCUAAAAGUAUAGUAAAAGAUUUUUGUGAGUUUUUUUUGCCAUUCCUAAAAUAUAAUAAUUUUAAUGUAGUUUGUAACUUUCAUAAUACUAAAGAAAAAAACGAAAAAGUUGUUUUAUCACCAAAAAAUGGAGAUAAACAUAUAAUCAAUUUAUCCUUAUAUAAAUAUAGCCAACAGUUAUAUGAUAGGAUAAUUUUUUUGGAUAAGAAAUUUUUAGAAGCUUAA